GCUGUCCUGGAAAUGUCUUCCGCAUUCUACGUAAACAAAACAUUUGCGAAAAACGGUUUGAACGCUGCAAAUGCAAUAGCUAGCUUGUUACUCGUUUGGUGGCGUGUAUUCUGUUUAGUGAUUACAAUGGACAGAGAUAUUGGGACAAUAUACGCUUUAAGGACUCUUGGAUACAGAGGCACUGUAUGUGUCAGACGGUGCAGGUGUGAUGAGCUUCCUUGUCCAGUACUCACUUGGCUCGCGGCAGAAUUAAUAGAUGUCUGCCCUGAGUUAGAAGACAGAAAGACAGAUGUUUUCCUAGUCGGGGAGUUAAGGACACUGCUGACUGAAUUGCUAUGUCCCUACACUGCAUUGACUACAGAUACACUGACCCCUUCUCUACUCAACAAAGUCACCGAGUUUAUGGUAUCUGAAUUACAAGCAGCACGCAUACUUCAAUACAAUGAAUUACAUCCAGAGGAUAGGAUGAGUGAAGGUGACUUGGAAAAAGAGCAGCGAGCGAUAGAUCGCAGCAUUGUUGAUUUAAAAAACUGGUGUCAAGAAUAUGAAGAUUGUCAUGAGAUGGUUCAAGGGGAUAGAAAGGCAGAAACAAAGACAGAAAUGUCUCUGUUGCUUCAGUCCCUAAACAUGGAUGAAUCUUCUACAUUUACAGAUGUUUGCCAUGAGGUGGAGAGACGUCUUGCUGAUUUGCCUCGUGGUGACAUGACAGAUCCCCUGCUGAACAUCGAUCUCAACUCUGAACAAUGGAAACAAACCCAGAAGAUGAAUCAAGCGCUAUUGGAAGACUAUCAGUGUCGGCGCCAAAUGAUGAUCAUACGUUUUCAGGUCACACUUCAGUCCUUUGCCUGGGGAGAGAAGGAAAAGGAGCGCAGCAAAGUUCUUGCUUCAGUACCUCCCCUGUCAUCGUUUGCCCUUGUCUCUCAAGUCUCCAUGUCCCUUUUGCUUGCUGCAAGAAAGGAUCAGUCUUACGUUUUGCCAGUAAAGGCCGGGGAAAGCACCGCAGUCUACAAGGUAUUGAUGGGUUGUGUACCAGACCGGGGUGGACGGCCAGGAGAAAUCGAGGCCCCCAUGCCCACGUGGAAGGACCGGAGAGAGGGAGUCAAGGGGCGUGGAGGGCCACGUGGAGACGGUGGUCAUCGUCAGAAGUUUUCUGGGAAAAAGAAAAACAAACGAGACUGACAGAAGUUUGUCUGAA